AUGGGUAUGGGUAAUAGUGCUCCAUCGUUUUUAUUUUCAUAUAAAGUGAACUUUACUCGUGAGACACCAAAAGAUUUUUAUUUGAGUGGUGAUCGAGUUCAAGGUAUUAUUCAAAUUGCUACAAAUGAUAAUGACAAUGAUUUAAUCCGCAAAUACGGUCCUUUAUGGGCAUUUGAUGGUUUAUUAGACUCUUUGCUUCCUUCAUCAUUACCACCUUAUGAUGAGUGUGAUCCAUGCAUUUGCUAUUAUGCUCUGGUUUAUCUUCGUCAUGCUGAUUAUACUGAUUUUGCUCGAAAAUUUUCAUUUCUUGUCUUUACGCGAGCUCCAAAGCUGACUGUUACUGGACAAUCGCUAAAAAACAAUAUCAUUGACGCUAGUGUACGACAUAAAAGUGUGAAAUUUUACGGUGCUCUUCCGAAUAAUGGACUUGCUGUGCCCGGUCAGACUCUCAUGUUGCAAAUUGAAAUCGACAAUCCAAUGAAAGUAACAAUCAAAUUGAUUCGAGCAACACUCAAGCAAUAUCGAAAUAUAACAGAUCAAGAAACUGAUUUUACUAUUUUUUCUUUUAUUUUACCAGGAUUUAAACCGAAAGGAUUCAAUAGUGAAUAUCGUCAAAGUACAUAUGAACUACCAAUACCAAUCGGAAAAUGUCGACUCAUGGCGCCGACAUCAUCUUAUAAAGGUGUUCGAUAUGAACUUCAUAUUCAAUGUCAUUUAGAUUGUUCAUUUAAUAAUAAUUUUACAUUAACAUUACCGGUUAUUUGUACCACUGAUCAUCAACAACCAUUAAAAAUCAUGGACGAAUUGAAAUCUAUACCUGAAAUUCUUCAGCGUUUAUCGAGUAAAGAAGAAGAAAAGCCACCACCUACUUAUGAAGAUUUCAUGGCCAGUGAGAUUUUACCCAAAUAUGAAGAUAUUAUUCAUUAA